CUGGAGGGCUCCAACCUUUACAGGCUUAGAAGCUCCAAGCGCCGCUGUAGUGACAAGGAACUACCUUCUUAUGCUAAUUAGACACAGUGAAACUCCAAUUCCACUCAAGAGCUCGUCGUAGAAUUCACUUUAACAUAGUUUUUCAGAGUCCGACUUUUUAGACAGACGGCCAUGGAUUCAGAGUUUCUUGGCAGAGUAAUGCGCGGAAAGACGUGCUUUACUUGGCUGUGUUGGCUUGUGUUGUCCACAAGUGGAGUUACCAGUGAGCCGUCCCAGUCUGUCUCUUCACUGGGUAUUUCCACCACUCACCUUUACUGGACCUGUCCAGAAGGGGCAACGUUCACACCCGAGUGUGCUCAGACAGGGGCCGCCUUGGCACCCACGGACAUCUUAAAACACGCCUGGCUUUUCACACCACACAGUGAUCAACACUGUACGGGAAGGGUGGGCCCACGCCACAUGAUGUAUGGUCAUCCGCAUGGAAACCACAGCUUGCCAGCCGGGUUAAAGUUUGGAAUUUCAAACAACAACUUCUGGAUGGUAAUGCAGAAUGUGACCAUCGCUGACCAGGGUCGUUACUGCUGUGUGGUCCUGGACUUUCAGCAGAACCAUAAACAUGUGCAGAGUGUCCACGCCCAUAUGAUACUGCACGUGACGCCACGAAGAAAUGGAUCUCAAGAAUGUUCAGUAAUAGACACCACACUACCUGGAGGGGCAGUACCAGUGGCCUUGGCCAUAGCAGCCUGCAUCUUGGCUCUACUUUCACUGCCGGUUAUUCUUCUACUCGUCUACAGACAGAGACAGAACAGUCACUCAAAUAGACGUGCACAAGAGCUGGUGAGGAUGGACAGUGAGGCUCAAGGCCAUGAGAACCCAGUUUUCUUUGGGGAAUCACCACAAGGGAAGACCCGCACAGUUUCACAGAUUAUGACACGGCAGUCUUCAGGAACAGGCCGACACCUUCUAUCUGACCCAGGAACUCCCAUGUCUCCUCCUGCACAUGGGGACGUAUUCUUCCCAGCAGAAGACACCAUCCCUGAGUCCCCAGACAUCCUUCUGCUUUAAAGAAGGAUCAGAUCACCCCUGGCUCUAACAGCUGACCUGGAAACAGCUUUGCGGCUUCUCGUCUUCUCCUCUCCGCCAGAACGGAGUUUCCCUCGGUCUGCCUGAUAAUUACCUCGCCUGGGAAUGUCGUCUGUAUACCACGUCUGGUCCGCAGGAGGCAAGAGACUGACUGCUUUUCGAUUUCAAAAGACUCGUACCUGCACCUGCUGUAGCAGCUGGAGGCCACAAGCAAACCUGUGAUUGUCAACUAUAUAUUGCUGUGGCAUGGGGUGAAUGUUUUGUGUGCGAUGGCUUCUAGACAAGUUGUGGGCAGGGUUUACUUUGUGCUGGGUUGGCGUUUAAUUUUCUAGAUGUUACAGCAAAAUCCGUAUGUGAUGAGUGGUGCUCAUGUUUGAGUUGGUUCAUUUUACUUUGGUAGUCUUUUGCAAAGUAUUGUGGGGCCAAAACGUCCAUCCCUACUUUCAGCAGGAGGACAAUCCCAGUUGUUUAGACUGGCUGGUUAAUCACAGCGUUAAAGGGGCAUUUAGUGGGAAAUGAUCCCACACAAGAUACACAGAAGUUAGCGAUGUGAACCACAUAGCAUAACCUUUUUUCCAAGCGAAAAAAUAGCUUUCACUGAUUGGCUCAUGUGACGUUCAUGGUUAAGGAUGAAAGUCACUGUUUGAGAUGUAUAAUAAUAAUAAUAAUAAGUUCCUUCCAGACAUAGCUGUGUCCAUUCCAUUUCCACAAAAAUCACCAAGGCGACUACAGUAUUUGUUUUCUUUGGUCCUGUUCAGAUGAGCUGAACUGAAGAUGUGAAAGUAUGAAAAAAAAAAAACAUCUGUCAUUUCUGUAAGCUCUAAAUCCUUUCAACUUGACUACAUCUUCAGAGACGAGCACCACAGUCAACAGAGGCGUUUCUUUAUCAUGCAGAAUUUGAUGAUAGAUUUCUUCUGAAGGGAAUAAUGUCAAAGUUUGCGCUUCCCUCUUUGUACAGUGUCUGUGGUGGUGGAUUUAGUGUUGAGUUAAUUGUAUUGUGAUGAAUGCGUGACAGCGGAGAGAACGUAGCCAUUGUGACUGUGAGGAACUGUUGCUUUCUCACUAUGAGUGUACAGAAAGUACUGCACGGGUAUUGUGUUGCAUAUUCACAGAAAUAGAACAGGGUAUUUGGUGUAAUAUAAAUAUAUACGUAUAUACACAGUAUAUAUUUGCAAUAUAUAUGUAUGUAUAUUUUGUUUUCUUGCAGAUUCACAUUCCUCAUAUAAAUGGCCAAAUAGGAUGUUUAUGUCUUAAUAUUUUUGUGUGAAUAAAAACAUAUUCUUCUGUA